AUGUGCACGUGCUGCCGAUUUUGGUUUGGCGUCUCGGGCGCAAGAGACUCCAACACCCGAAACAAUCCUCCUCAAGAUUCAACUCGCCCGCAGGCAAUGAAGCCAGCUCCUGUCAAAUCGGAACCCACCAAUACACCACAGGAGGAUGUUACGAAACAACCACGGAUCACCAGACCAUUUUCUAGAGUGUCUGUGGCUAUGAGCCAGAGUUGCCUGCCCCAAGACAUGGCUUUCGAGGUGGGAGGCCAUCACGACGAUGCCGUGGACUCUGUAACUUCCACAAUGACAGAGAACAGCGACGCCUCCUGGAUGGACAGAAGAAAUCGGGGCCUAAUGGUAGCCCGCCAAAAUACAUUCAACUCAGUGGAUGAAAUAUCCGAAGGAUGA